GUUUCGAAGUCCCUUCCGUUAGUCCCUCCUGCGCUGCUCUUCUCUGCGGGGUCCACCACGCACCUCUCCUCUCUCCCUAUCACAUCCCCAGCUGUUCCGCUCACGUCUGAGAACUCUACACCACGAUGAUGCGUCGCUUCACGUCUCGCAUUGCGGCAUUCGCAGCCGUGCCGGCGGUGCAGCAGACCCGCCAACUCCACUUCCCCAUCUCCGCCCCGCCGAUUGAGAUCGACUACCUUGAUAGCGAUCCGCUGGAGUUUGCCGUGCGGACGGAGGCGCGCAAGUGGGGCUUUGACGACCUGCAGUACAUGCGCGAGCUCGCCUUUGUGCGCAUCAAGGAGAACCCUUCCAUCGGUGACUUCCGCAGCAUGACCCCCGAGGAUCGCCGUCAUAUGUUCUGGGGUAGCGACCGCCAGGACUUCUUCCGUCACCUCACCUUUACGCUGACCGGCACCCCUGAGCACUUGUAUCACCGCGGCUGGUAA